UGUCCCACUUACCAGAAGUUAAACGAUUCCCGGGAUAUAUGUGUAGCGUCUGGUAUGCCCAUCGUUCAGUUAACACAGAUUUCUUUGGUUGGCAUACACAUGGUCAAAGCAAAUGGCCAGCAGUAGCUACUCCAGAAAUGUGCAGCCAAAUGAAAGAAUUCAGAAGAUGCGGCGACUACGCAAUGAAUCCGGCGGGGCCACGAAAAUUUACUUACGACCUGUAUCCUAACAUACAACCAUUGUGGAUGAGAACAAUAACCCAUAAGGUUCUGAACUGUAAAAUUGAAGAAGUAGCUCUAGAAACGGAAUGCGACAAUUGCACAAUCAAUUCUCCGUUAGGAACACUUUCAGGCAGCUUGAACGGGACAGCAACCGUUAACUUCGUUACUUUAAUCUGGAAUAAUUCAUAUAAAGAAAAGAAAGACUGCGAGCUUAAGUUAGUAAGAAGCGGAGAAGGACAGCUUUACAAAACAAAUAAUCCCGAGAUCAAACGUUUACAGGAUAAACACAGCCAAACAGACUUUCUCAUCAACACAACAAUGCUCGCUUACUGCGGAAAGCGGCAGUUACAAAGUGUAAUGGAAAUGGAAAAAAUUUUAGUAGCAAUUAACAUGGCACCCCCAACAGGAGAUUUUGAGAAAUUCGAUCCCAAUGCGACGGUAGAGAACGAGAGGAAAACCAGCAGUAAUACAACAAAUGCACAGGUCAAACAGGUUGCCUCAACAAUAAAAGCAGAAAUUGAAGCCGCAGCCCAUGUCCAAUACACCAGAGACAUAGCAUUAGACUACGAGAAUAGACUGGCAAGAGAAAUUCGUCGGUUACAAUGUGAAAACCGAAAAAUGAACCAUCACAGCGUAAUCGUAAGCGCUCAGUACAAUGGCUGGUUCGCAGCUACUCACAUGCAACUCCCAAGAUUUCAAGGGAGAAAACUAAUUGAAACGGAGAAAUUCGAAGCCGACAACCCUUUAGCAACCCUUCUGCAAAUGCAUCCAGCAGUUCAAAAUAGCUCUUUGAGUCAUGCGUCGGUGAUGGCUGAGAUCCUUGCCACCAUUCACGAACAUCAUUCAGAGGACAACACAAAAGAACUUCUCACUUCCAAUGUCUUAAUUCACCAUAGCGAUGCCCCCCACGUAGAUUUUGUAGCAAAAAUGGGAGGGUGGAUAAAAAAUUUUGGAGCCAUUUCAGGCUUCGUGAUGAUUUCAGUAUUCGCCGUUAGAUUUUGUGGUAUCGGAUCCCUCCUACUCAAAGCCUUCCCAAUUAUGUCAAAAAUAUUCCAACUAAACUGCUUCAGCAAAACACCAGCAGCAAUUACUGCAACAGCCACACCACCGCCGAUUCAAAUCAUUAUGUCUCCUACCAGCAGUUCAUAUUCAACCAAAUCCACAGCCUCGAAACGAUCAACAGAGCCCCCACGCAGAAAGAAGAGGCAGCGAAACCGCCAACGCCCUAAUCAACCUAAAACCGAAUCCUUCCUCCAAGAAAAUCAAGCCAACCCCCCCAGACGAGCUUGA